GACAGACUGAGUUACAUUACUUUCACAUCUUUUCUUACUUAGAAUUGGUUUAAAAACCACAGAUGGAAGCUGUUGAGAUCUAGAUGCUCCUUAAGAAAAGGUCAAUCCCUGAAACAUGAUAAGGCGAAGCCGUGGACUCAAGAAUGGUUAACAAAAGCCAGCCAAGAGCUGAUGGCCCUCACAACAACUCAAAAAAGGAUCCUAGGUCAAGCCUUUGAGAAGAACCCAUUCCCUGAUCCUGCUACCAGGAAAAAACUGGCUAAACAAACGGGAAUUCUGGAAUCCAGAAUUCUGAUGUGGUUUCAGAAUCAGAAUUCUUUGUAUUCUGAGCAGAGAAGGGAGCUGCUGAAUGUCCUGGUAGAAAGCACAAAUGAGAGACCAGAUGUGACUCUUCAGCAGCAACACAUUAACCUGUCCAUGCUCCCAUGUGCGGUUCACAGUUUUCCUCCCUCCAGUUCCUCCUGCAGCAAGCAAACAUUUUUACCUGCUCCUCUUCCUUCCCAAGUGUUUUCUGAGCUUUGGGAUCCCUUCCAGGUCUGUGUGAGCCAAGGACCAAGUGUCACAGUCAAGCAGCCCACACAGGCUAUGGAGGGAGGAGAGAGCUCUGACUUCCCUCUGACUUUUAUGGAUCACUUGCUUAAACUGCUGACUCCAGGAGAGAACUUCUCAGACACCCAGGCUCCUUUCUGCUACCAAUACCAAGAAAAAUGCCAAAAUGACAAAGGAUACAGUGGCACAGGAGCCCUGCAGGGAAAGAACCAUUCUCAGCCUCAUCCUCAGCAGAAGGAGCAAGAAUUUCCAGGUCUGGGUCACAUUGACAUAUCUUACAUUAUGCAGUGGUGGGACAAAGGCCGCCAGGCUCUCAUCACAGAAUGGGAACCUCUGGAAGAGACGCCCUGAGGAUGGCAAAUGCUAGCAGCAGUCACAGCUGCACUGCCACCCACACCAGCAGUCUAGAAGGCUCUAAAAAGAGCCUUUUGGUAACUCCUGGCAUCCACAGAUUCUCAGUAAAUGCUACAACCUUAUCUGCAAGAAGAGGACCCUUAUGGACAAUUGUAAGCUCUGUUCCACAUGAUGGAGGGUUUUCUGUGCCUGGUUUUACUUAGCAUAGGGUUUUCAAGGUUCAUCCAUA